UGUUCGAAUUUCCAUCCGAGUGCUCUUUCUAUAUCAUUUCAUUCUUGUUCAACACUCAGUAAACAACGAAGUUACACGAAUGAUGGCGUUGAUUGGAAUCCGCUAACGUAUCCUGGGCCUUGGAGAGAAAAGGAGGCAAUAUGAACGGUGCACGAAGUUCAGCCGAAAAGAACAGACUGCUCUAUCAGCAGCAAAGGACAACGAAGACAACGCGAUUUCGAACGUUAUAGCAGUCCUACUAUUUCUGAUGUUAUGUAAUGGCCGGCUUCCUUUAGAAACUUCAGUCCCCACGAGUCCCCAUCUAGAUAUUAUUUUAUCUUGUUUAAUAUUCAGUGAACAAGGACAAAGUAAUAUUUACCGAAUGAACUUCCGCGUUUUUAUCGGGUGUUCUUUGUCUUGAAUCGGAUUUCUGAGCCAUUAAACCGUGCAACAAGUUGUGGUAUCCUAUAGUGUAUAUGUAUUAUAUAUUCGAAAAGAAAGAAGAAACGUACUUGAAAUACAAGUACUGUAAGAGAAGAUCCUUAGCUCACAUCAUUCGUGUUUCAGAAAGGAAAGAGUAGAAGCUGGGAAGGUGAAUUGAUUGAUUGAUUGAUUGAAUUGAUUGACAAGGAAUUUUUCGAGGGAAUUCUUUAACUUGAAAAAUGGCGAAAAGUAUCAAUUCCUUGGAUGGUUUUAAGAUUGGGGAUUUGAUGAAUAAAGAUGGAAUGAUGUUUGAAAUUGGAGAUGAUGACAUUAAUAACAAUGAGGAGGAUGAAGAAUUUUCAUAUUCUUCAAAUGUACAAUUCAGCAAUGAAGAGAUGUUAAAUAUGUUAAACAUGAAUGAUUUUGAUGAUGAAAUGGAGGAUGAGAAAGAAUCUGUAUCACUCUGUGGUAUAAGCUUUUCAAAGCUGAAAACAAAGAUGACGAGCUUAAUUCCAAAUGGAAAAGUCAUGAAGUAUGUCAAACAAAAAGGUGUUGGAGUAAUUAUACCAAACAAUGCUCAAGCGAUUGUCCAUUAUAUCGGAUAUUUUGAAUACAGAGAUGAGCCUUUUGAUUCUACUUACGCUAUUGGGAAACCAAGAUCGUUGCGUUUAGGUCAGAGUUUUAUUAUACCUGGUUUAGAAAUGGGUAUACGUUCUAUGCAAAAGCAUGAAAUAGCAGUAUUUUUGAUACAUCCUGAUUAUGCGUACAAGGCUGUUGGUUGUCCACCACGUAUUCCACCUAACGAGGAAGUGGUCUUUGUUGUUCAUCUAGUUGAUUACGUUGACGAUGGCUGUGCACAAACAUAUCAAAAUCUUACCGACGAGGAGAAACAAUUAUUUAAAAAUGUGAUACGACCUGUGAAACAUAUGUUUGUGACUGCCAAAGACUGUUGUACAAAAUUUAACUACAAACAGGCGAUACGAGAAUAUAGAAAAAUUACUGAUUGUAUGGAAUCAAUCAAGUUAAAUAAUGAUUUGGAAGAAAAAGAAAUGAAUGAAUUACUCUCACGAGCUUAUACCAAUCUUGGAGUUUGUUAUAACAAAGAAAACAUGCCUACUAAAGCUUGCUUAGCUUUAAGGAAAGUUCCAAAACCAACAGCUAAAAGCUAUUAUCACCAUGGAAAAGCUUUGCUGAGUAUUGGAGAAUAUAAUGAAGCAAUGAACGAGUUCCAGAAAGCUUGGGUGUUAGAACCGCACAAUGACUCUAUUAAAAAAGCAAUUCGGACAACAAAUUUGAAACAGCGUGAGUAUCUGGAAAUAGAGAAACGCUUAUGGAAAAAUUGCUUCAGAUCUAAAGAAGAAAAAAUAAAAGUUAAUGAAUUUCGAAACGCCGCCCGCGAUUUGUGUGAAAGACUUAUCAACAAUAAUGAUGCAGUAAGACAAAAUCUCUCAGAGGGUUUUACAAAAGAAGAAUAUGAAAUUAUACGUGAGGAAGCGGCUAUAUUAGGAUUAAAUGUCGUUACAUCUAUUAGAUAUGGCAAAGAAACUAUAUUUCUUCAAAAAAGCAGAUCAUAAAAUUACAUUACUGUUAUUUAAAAUUGCAAUAUCCAGAAUUCUUCAGUAUACAUCCUGGUAUUGCAAUUCUUAUAAUCGUUGAUGUAUAUUCGUUGAUAUAUAUUCGUUAAUGUAUUACAGUAUUGAGCAGUUAGUUUGACUUCAAGAAGCUCUGUGAUGCACGCCAUUAUAGUAUAUACAUUGCUAGUACUGAAAAUCUGUAGUAUACAUAACGUAAAUUAUUAUAGAGUUUCAAUAUUGACAAUGUAUAUUGGAACACUCAAUAUCAUAACUCGACCAAAGAGAAUUAUAGUAUAUGCCAACUAAAUUAGCAAUAAGCUCUGACAAUAUCUAAAUCAAUAUUUUUUAUUCUUGAUUUUGGUCCUAAAAGUAAUAGAUUUAUGGAUAUUUACAAAACUCCUGUUAUCUAUGUUUAAGCAUUGCCAAAUAUAGGAAAAGUAUAUGCAACGAAAUUUCAAUAAUACUGCUCAGUUAAAAUUAGUUUAAAUUAGGACAAACAAAUACCGGAUGUUCGUGGAGCAACUUAGGUAUUUUAUUGUUCGAUGUUAGUAAUAAGAUCUAAUGGAUUGAAUAGCCCAAGAAUAUUUUUACUUAUGUAAUAUGAAGGUAUAAAAG